AGGGCCUUACUCGGGGUCCGGGAGAUGGGAGCGAGCCGCUCGCGGGGGUGUAAGGGCUUUGUUUGACAUCGAGGUGUACUGCCUAGGACCAACCUUGAUCCCUUUGGCCCGGCGAGGCCCGUGUGGAGUGUUCCAUGACACCCCCGCCCGUGCCAGGAUUCGUUUGACCUACAUGCUGCCUGGGCCUGUGCGGUGCGUUGGAUGUCGAUGGUGCACUUGCUUUGUUUCGACUUGAUUGGUGCCACUGCGCAUGUGCUCGUGCUUGGGUCCGAGGUGUGCUGGACCGCAUCCUGCAGACCUGGCCGGUUUGGAUGAUGCGGGGAUGCUGCGAUGAUCCUACGAGUCUGAUGCCGGUGAUGCCGCUGGCCAUUUUCGGAACUGGUGGGACACUCUUGACAUCGAAGCCGACAUCAUCAAGGUUUGGAUGAUGCGGGGAUGCCGUGAUGAUCCUACGAGUCUGAUGCCGGUGAUGCCGCUGGCCAUUUUCGGAACCGGUGGGCCACUCUUGGCAUCGAAACCGACAUCAUCAAGGCGCCGUGAAACAACAUCUUUUUCAUCGAGAUGUCUCGCCAUGACGACCACAGCCAGAGCCGAAAAAGUCAGUGCCUUUGCAGUUUGAAAACGUGCUUGUCCUUGCAGAUGUUGCUCAACAUUUUUGCCUCUUCCUUCUUGAUGCAUGACCCUGCCCAUGCAGCUGAUUUUGCUUGACAUAGAAGCACUGGCGUCUAGAGCGCCAGCCAUGGUUUUCGACUUGGUUGCAGGCUCUCUUGGGCGCGGGCGGUGACAACGGGCGAAGUCGCUCCCAUGAGCGAUGCUAAAGCCCAGGGCGUGGCCGAUGCAGUGAUGGGCCAGAGCAACACGGAUGCCGGGAGGAUGGAGGUGCUGAAGCAACUCAUGGAGCAGCAGUCCGUGGGAGAUUGGAGGUUCUUGAGGCUGGAGACCAGCAGCUCGUCUUCUGAGGAGCCAGUGGAAAGCGAGCCCUUGGCCAAGAAGCCAAAGAUCGAAGUGAGGAGGAUGAACAGGGUGGAGAUGCAGGAGGAGCUGAAAGCCCAAGGCGAGCCCGUCGAACCUGGCGCCACCGUGAAUCAGCUGAGAUCUCAGCUGGUGACGGCUCGCAAGUCUGUGGAGACGCCCAUGGGCGCGGCUGAGGUCCAGGAGCCCCUGCCGGACAAGGUGGAGACGCCCGUGGACGCGGCGGAGAUGCAGCAGGUGGAGACUGAGGGCCAGGAGCCCCUGCCACACAAGGUGAAGACGCCCGUGGACGCGGCGGGUGAGACCGCGCAUGCCGCCCAGAAGCCCGAGGAGAGCCGCUGGAGUCCCGCUCCUUCAAGGGCAUGCACAUACAAGGACUUGUUCUUCUUUCUUGCUGAGUGCGCGGCCAACAGUUGGAACCGCGCGCUGCAAGUGGACGGAGAUGAGUACAGGGGCCUGCUCAUGACACAGGACGGGUACUUGAUCGACGUGCGGACCAUGGACGCGCAGCUGGCCAAGCAGGAGCACGUCAUCACAAAAUGCUUGGGGGUGACUUACCCACGAGAGCUCUUUGCGAUGUUGGGCCGGGGCCUGGACUUGGAGGCUUGCUUGCAACAGGUGAAGGACUUCGAGAGCGGGGUCGGGCAGGGGUACGGCACUGUGGACAUGCCGCCUGAGCUCAGCGGCAAGUUACUGAAGUUGUUCGAGCAUCCCGCCCUCGAGGCGUGCAAGGUUCUCUACAGUUACUGGGAAAACAUGGCGGUCACACUGUGGUUGAUGAAGUGGGCAGCGCAUAGGCUCUGCGGCACGUCCCAGCUAGAGGAAUUUCACAUCUAUCUGGGAGGGAGCAAGAACGGAAAGAGUUGGUGGAUCGCGCAGCUGCAGGCUUUGUUCGGCACGUAUUGUGCGAUGCCCGACUCCGAUCUCCUGACCCGCUUCAACAGCCAGCAGGCCACUCCGCAGCACAUGCAACUCCGGGGAGCUCGCCUCCUGCCGUUUGCGCGAUCUGGGUUACACGGGCCUACAUUCAAUGGGCGAACGCACUCCACCACUCCCUCAUCAAGUUUGACGAGUGCCGCCUGGGCCAGGUGGUAGUGGGGUCCACGACAUUGUCAACGGACCUUCCCCUUCACCAUUGGCAUGAUCUGCGAUGCAACCACGGAGCUCACCCCAGGGGGGAGAAGCUCAACUCCAGUGACCUCAGCCGGUAUCCAGAGC